AUGGGAAGAAUUCUUGACAGAGAGCUGAAGCGUCAACUUAGACUACAGUCGCACAAGCCUCCGUUUCUACCUAUCGUUUCCGCUAUCCCUUGCCUUUAUGCACCAUACGUUGACGCUACUAGAUCCAGAGUAGCAUUUGGAAGAAGAGCUCUGCCUAAACUAUUAAAAGAGUUGCACCAUCCUGAUAAACUUCUUGUGCGGCAAGCUCUCAACUCCCUCUCAGAUUUGGUAUACGAUCCUGAGAAAGCCUAUGAAGCUGUGAAACUAAACGUCAUAGCAAGAGUUCAAGACCUUCUUACAAGUGAAGACGUUUACAUACGAGACCGGUGCUGCGCUAUAUUAGUGACAAUCGCUGACCAAGCGAUUGGAAAAGAGGCAAUAAUUAAAAAUGACAAGGCACUGGAAAAUAUCUUGAAGUUAAUGGGUGACGAAGAGCUUGGUGUUCGUUACAAGGCGUCUUUAGCAUUUGAAAUCACAACUAGCUAUUGGGUUGUUACAGAUGUGUCAAUUAAGAAAUGGGUUCUCCCAAUAAUUUUACAUCGCUUGGAUGUGGAAGAAGAUCCUGAUGUAGUAAAGAUUCAUCUACGAACUCUUCUUUCAAUCUUACAACGAGGUGUCAAUAAAGAAGCGGUAGAGCUGGGAGCUAUGAAAAUACUUCUUAAAUAUAUCUAUUAUCUCAGAGAUGAGGUCCGCCACUAUGCCAUUGCAUGUCUUGCGUCUCUGGUAUCAGAACAUACAGGUUUGGAAUUAUCAAUUGACACAGGUCUCGUUCUUCAACUUAAGGAAAGAUUAUUUGACCACUCAGUGGAAGUAAGAUCAAAGACUGCCGCUUGUGUUUCCUUCAUAGCUGUUCCACCAGAUCCGAAGAUACAAGUCUCAGAGCUUGGUAUUACCGAUGAACUUCUCUCUUUAGCUGCAAAUCAUCCCAACGAAGAAUUGCAAAUUAAUGCUGUUAAAGUACUGACAAAUAUUGCUGAGACACCUAAGGGAAGAAUCUAUUUAAGUGAUAAACUACAGCUUAUAGAAAACAUUACCACAGGUGAUUCUGAGAAACUAGAAAGGCAUAUUGACACACUUGUAAAAGUUAUAAAGUGGAAACCAUGA